AUGUUCUCCGCCACUCGGUUGAUGCGACCUCCGUUGAGAGUCCGUCAUGGUGGGCAGGACGUCUGUGCGAACGUAGAUCUGCCCCCAGGGGCGAUGGACAUCGACACGGGAUUGAGCAAUGCCGAAACCAUGCUCCUUUUAAUCCUGGCGAGUUGCGUCUCGCACGCCUUCGCAACAGACACGCGGUUUGUCAACUUCUUCCCAAUGCAUCGGGCAGAGUUCAUCAGAAUCCGCGACAGCGCGUGUGCCGACCUCUUCGCACGCAAACAAGCCGGAGAACCCAACACCUGCCACCCCCUGCUAAACUGCAUUCUCGAACAAACCAGCGAAGCAAUCAAAGGCGACAUCUCAGGCGCCGUCAUCGCGCUAGGCCUCAUGCCUUCCAUCCUCACGCUUCUCGGCUCCAACACCGCAGAGCUCGCUCUUCUCGCCAGACGCCGACCCUUCCUCGCACUGCUCCUCGCGUGUGGUUCCCCCUCCGUCAGUCCCCUCCGUACAUUCGUCUAUCCGAGUCCGGUGGAAGAUCUGAAAGGUCGAAAGGGACGGCUGGCACCGAUAUACUUCUCCCCGGUACAGGCGGCUUGUGUCUCGAUAGUACAAUAUGCGCUUGUUGCGGGGGCCGUCGCGAAUGUGUAUCUAGCGGCGUUCUAUGCUGGGCGGUAG